UGGCAGAGAAGGCGGAAGUAGGGCGUCCGGGGCUGGGGUUCGGGCUCCGGACUCCGGGCGGCCCCGGGACGCGGUAGCGGCGGCUUUCGGGCGGGGAGUUUGGCAUCGGGCCGCCUCGGCUCGGAGCGCGGUGCCCGUCCUCUUCUGGUGCUUUGGCUGAGCGGAGUCGAGCGGUCGCGUGGAAUCGGCGGCCCAGCGGACUAGAGCGAAUAGAUAACCCCGUUACUAUGAGUCUGUUAAACUGUGAAGACAGCUGUGUGUCCAGCCAGUCUGAGAGCGACUGCUGCGCGGCCAUGGCCGGCGCCUGCGGUGCCGCAGCCAAAGACGACAGCGUGAGUGGGACCGCCAGCACAGGGACUCUGUCCAGCUCAUUCAUGGAAGAGAUCCAGGGCUACGACGUGGAGUUUGACCCGCCCCUGGAAAGCAAAUACGAGUGCCCCAUCUGCCUGAUGGCGUUACGGGAAGCAGUGCAAACACCCUGCGGCCACAGGUUCUGCAAAGCCUGCAUCACCAAAUCAAUAAGGGAUGCAGGUCACAAAUGUCCAGUUGAUAAUGAAAUACUCCUGGAAACUCAACUGUUCCCUGACAAUUUUGCAAAACGGGAGAUUCUUUCUCUGACGGUGAAGUGUCCAAAUGAAGGUUGUUUGCACAAGAUGGAACUGAGACAUCUCGAGGAUCAUCAAGCACAUUGUGAGUUUGCUCUUAUGAAUUGUCCCCAAUGCCACCGUCCCUUCCAAAAGUGCCACCUUAAUGUUCACAUUCUCAAGGAGUGUCCAAGGAGACAGGUUUCUUGUAUAAACUGUGCUGUGUCGAUGGCAUUUGAAGAUAAAGAGAGCCAUGACCAGAACUGUCCUUUGGCCAAUGUCGUCUGUGAAUACUGCAGUACCAUGCUCAUCAGAGAACAGAUGCCUAAUCAUUUUGAUCUAGACUGUCCCACAGCCCCAAUUCCGUGCACAUUCAGUACUUUUGGUUGCCAUGAAAAGAUGCAGAGGAUUCACUUGGCACGGCACCUACAAGAGAAUACUCAGUCACACAUGAGGAUGUUGGCCCAGGCUGUCCAGAGUUUGAACCUGGCUGUGGCUCCCCGGCCUCAGCGUGACGUGCUGCUGUAUGAGUCUUCCUCUCUGCCCCGGGCCUCCUCUGGGUGUCACCCGGAGGUCCAGAAUUUCCAAGAAACCAUUCAACAAUUAGAGAGUCGCCUUGUAAGACAAGAUCAUCAAAUCCGGGAGCUGACUGCGAAGAUGGAAACUCAGAGCAUAUAUGUAAGUGAGCUCAAACGAACUAUUCGAACCCUUGAGGACAAAGUUGCCGAAAUAGAAGCACAGCAGUGCAAUGGGAUUUACAUCUGGAAGAUCGGUAACUUUGGGAUGCACUUGAAGUCUCAAGAAGAGGAGAAACCCGUUGUCAUUCAUAGCCCUGGAUUCUACACGGGCAAACCUGGCUACAAACUCUGCAUGCGCCUGCACCUUCAGUUACCAACGGCUCAGCGCUGCGCGAACUACAUAUCCCUCUUUGUCCACACGAUGCAAGGAGAGUAUGACAGCCACCUGCCCUGGCCCUUCCAGGGCACAAUACGCCUUACAAUUCUUGAUCAGUCUGAAGCACCUAUAAGGCAAAACCACGAGGAGAUAAUGGAUGCCAAACCAGAGCUGCUUGCCUUCCAGAGGCCCACAAUCCCCCGGAACCCGAAAGGUUUUGGCUAUGUGACUUUUAUGCAUCUGGAAGCCCUACGACAAAGAACCUUCAUUAAAGAUGAUACUUUACUGGUGCGCUGUGAGGUCACUACUCGUUUUGACAUGGGGAGUCUCCGAAGGGAGGGCUUUCAGCCACGGAGCAGUGACGCAGGGGUAUAGCCUCCACUCGUUUGUUUUUUGUUUGUUUUCUGGAGAAAGCUGUGCCUUUCCUUGCCCUGCCCUCAAUGACGGUGUGUAAACAAACAAACAGUGGGAAAGAUGGAAAAUACCCACCAGUGAAUGUGGUGAGACAGGUCGCUUGCCACUUUCUCUGUCAUAAAUACCUACAGCAGCUUUUCCUCGGCAGUCUACAUGUUCCGUGCUUCUUCAAAAUUGUUAAACCCGAAGUGCCUGUGGCGUAUUGCAGCAGCUGUUUGUCAGUUAGUAUACCUCUUUGUUGUCCUUUCAUGGGCUUUUGCUCCAGAAUGGUCUGUCAGAAGCCCUGGGUUAGAGUAGCAGAGCUCAAACCUUUUACAAUAAUGUUCCUUAAAGCUUCAGCUUAUUUUUGUAGUAUAUAUGUAAUAUAUUAAACUUGACAAUCACUACCGCCUCGUGCUGUUGCCAGCAAGAAUUACCACUAUAAAGUUGAGUUCUCAUUUUAUUUGACCUCACAUUCAGAGGAUUUGAACCUUAAUCCUUGGAAAGCUUAAGUUCUCAUUCACCCCAUUUCCCUCCCUCCCUUCCCUGCCCUGGGGUGUUACUAAGGAUACUCAGGGACUAUUUAAACCCUAAAUACAACUUUACUUACUCAGUGUGAACAUGUUGUCUGUUGAAUAAUUCUUGUUCAGGUGUUUCAUUCUACCUUGCUUACAUGUUUCUUUGAGGCUACAAAGUAGCAUCUUCAGAGUUUAGAAUGCGGACAAUCAUGUGGAUACCUCCUGCUCAGUGUCACGCUAUUGUAUAAACCCUUUUGUCUAUUCAAUGCAGAGUGAACUCCACGGCCCUGCUUAUGUUCUCUGAUGCCUAAUACUUAUAGGACAAGGAGAUGCAUACAUAUAAUUACGUAAAAAUUAAAGGGGCUCAACUAGCCCUCUAAUUUGAGCCACAAAUCGCCAGCUCCUUUGAACACCCUCUGGUUUCAUUCAGUUAAGUGGGACAAAUUGAUCUUCUAAAAGCAAAAUUUCUUAAUAUUUGGGAGAUCAGGGUGGUACCUGAGGGUCAGCAGACUAGGGUUGGAAGUCACAGCAGUUAUAUCAGGACUUAGCUUGAGCAGUUGCUUUAGUUCAGCAGUUCGCACCUGAGGGGCGUCAUAGAGAAUGUAUUGAAGUGACUAAAUGUUCCUAAUAGGGAGAGAUGGUUUCUGUGCCAUUGUACAUUUGUUAAAGGCCUAUAGGUAUUCAUUGUUCCGGUGAAAUCUAGCUCUCAGGGUGCCCCGAACUAGCAUGGGCUCUUCUCAAGAAUCUAAGGGCUUUGGCAACCUUGCCACACUGUGGUCUGAGAUUCUCCCAGGGAUCUCCGUCAUGGGCAUGUGCUUCCUCGUCCGCGGAGCUGCUGCUCUCCGCAGGUUCGCCAACAGGGCGAGGAAACGGGCUGCCUGUUACACGCAGCAGUGGACUUGGCUGGAAAGAGAUGGGCUUGUCCCUGGAGUUCAUUGUUACUGUGUGUCAGAGGGUACAGAAAAUACUGAUUGAGGAAGCAUUUUCCUGACUGACGAAAAAUAACUCAGUUACACUCAUCUACCCCUGCUGGGAGGCUAUGCAGUGUGUUACGUAGCAUGAAGUGUAUUAUGUAGUGGGUAAUAAAUUUUGUUUUUAAAAAAAGAAUCUGAGAGGACCCAUAGCCUGUGCUGUUUACACAAGGUUGUUUAAAGUUGUGCGGUCAUGAGAGAUGGCACUGUGUCUCCAGAGAAGCCAGAUCGUAGCCCCCUGACCAGUGUGAAAGAUCAGCCUCAGAAAACACCAAGAGCCAUGUGAUUUCACUCAUAUGCAGGAUGUAGAACUGGAACUCACAGAUACAACAGUGUGGUGGGUUCCAGAGGCAGCGAGGGGCUGAGGGAAUAGAUAAGGGGGCCAAAUAUAUGGUGACAGAAGAUGACCUGACCUUGGGUGGUGGGCAUACAAUGCAGUAUACCCAUUCUGAAUCAUAGAAAUGUACACUUGAAAACUAUAUAAUUUUAUUAAUGUCACCCCGAUCAAUUGAAUAAAAAAUUUUUAGAAAGAAAAGAUCAGCCUUAAUAUUAAGAGGAAGCCAAGAGACUUUAUGGAAAAGAAUGGUUUCAGUUCUAGGCGGACCCAGCCUGGAAAGGUCACUUUGCCCUUACCCUUUACGUAUCUGUCUGCCUUCCUUCCCCAGCCAACUUCAGGCUUCUGCUCUGGUGGGUUUCUUUUUGAAGUGACAAUGUCCCACAGAGUCCCCAGUGUCUCUGUCACUACUACCCAGAGACUGGCUGCCAGUUUCUGCCCCGCUUUCCCACCAGCCCCCGAGAAGCACGGCACCCACAGCUCCGCCGUCUGGGAGAGUGUGUGUCAGAGAAGAAUGUUUUCCAGUUCCAUUUACACAGUGAGCAGUAGUUAUUUUCAUUGCCCAGAAGAAAGCCGGAAGGAAAUAGACUAUUUUUGAUGACUUAUUUUCUCUGUGCUUUUUUGUAGGCUUUACAUUUUCUAUUUUUAAAAAGUGUACUUUUAUCAGAGCAAAAAAUGAAGUGUUGCCACAAAACAUUCAACCCCAUCAAAAAAGGAAAUGAUAUUUAAAAGCUUCCUGGUCUGGUUAAAUUUCUAUUAAAAGCAUGGCUGUGUAUUAGGUACUGAGGAGUCAUUUCCUGCUUGGUUUUUGUUUUUGUUUUUCCUACUCAGGAAUGGUAAUCCAAACAAUAACAGUUUUUUGUGUGACUUCAGGUUUCCUGUUUGUAAGAUAAGCAGUUAGAUUAGCUGUGUCUAAGGUCCACUCCAUCCAUAACACUCUGCUCCAAGAAAUUGAGUUCUUACUAGCAGCAUGUUGACAAUACUUACAAAAGGAUUUAGCCAGUAGAAAAUUGCUUUAUUUUUUGCUGAUGUAACACUUUACUUCAACUUAGUGUCUGUCAUCUGGGUCUCAUCUUAAUAAGCAAUUUUUGUUAACCCUCAACGUUUGGCAUUUUAUAAUAAACCAGCACUUACUCUAUACUAGUCAUUCAUUGUCAAUAGUAAGUAAAAGUCAUGGCCAGACCAUCAUUGAAAUUGGAAACAUUUGUUUUGACUUCGACUCCGAAUCAGGUCUUUCCUGGAAAGCUGGCCUAUUUCUCCAGUCUCCUCCUGCCCAGCUCUCUGAAACCAGCUCAGUUGGCCUACAAGUAUUUGGGCCAUGUAUUUAUGCUUUAUCAACCUUUUAACAACUUUUGACAUUGUCUGUGGACAUUGCUAACUUGAAAACAAAUUGUUUCCUUCUUUCCCAGACAUAGCCGACCCAAAGUUGAAUGCACCUUGCCUCAAGACACCUUUUUCUAUUGGAGAACAAGUCAGGAUGUCGAUUUUGUAGUUUGGCAGUUUCUCCUGUCCUGGCUGUAGGACAAUGACAGUUUCUGGCUGUUUUGUAGCACAGCAGUUUUCAACAUCGUGGCACAGGAAUUUUUAAUACAUGCAACACCUGACUGUUUAGUCAGGGGCACUGACCUUUUUUCCCCUAGAUUGUCAAAUUAAAAAAUGAUGACAGCCAUCACAAUAGCCGUCCAGUGUGAAUGAAUCAAAAUUGUAUCUGUUUUUUGGUCAGAUCGGCAAAAAUAUAUAUGUAUGGUUUUUGGUGGCCACAGAACUUCAGUGAUUAGACUGUGUGUACCCUGAGAUGGGAAAGGUUGAAAAUCGCUGCUGUGACAUGAUGCAACUUUGGUUUUGGAGACUAAAAUUAGAAGAGAAAAGCAGUGAAAUAGAAUGAAAGGUGAGAUUUUUUUUUCCCCUUAAUGAUGCACUAAUAGGGAGAUACUGGUCUCUAGCAAUCAAGUUUCGUGGUAGGUAUAAGGAUGUAAAACUGUCCACUACUGUUUAUGCCGGUAACUUUAACAACUCGAAGCAUGUUUGUGAACUACGUACGCACUCAAGUAGGAUGCAUUCUCAGGGAGAAGUGGUUGCUCGUCAUUCCUUUAUCCAGAGAGUCCUCCAAUCCCUGAUGACCAGGCCAUUUAUAACUGAGAUUUCCCUAACUUAGGACUUUGAAGUACUUUCCCCUUGUUCAGUUACUGCUGCUCUUGGCUUGCCUCAAAUUCCACUCAGAUGUUUAGUAUGAACAUUUGGUGACAAUACCGGUUACAGCUGACCAACUCCUGAUAGCCCUUCGUGUGGGUUUUAGGUCGUAAGGCGUAGAUGUCUUUUGUGCUUUUCCCCCUGGUGCUUUACUGUGAAAUUUCUCAAACGUGCAGAAAUGUUGAAAGGAUUGGACGGUGAACAUCCCUCCCCUAGAGCCUGCAAAUGACAUCUUGUUACAUUCGCCUUGUCAUCUGACAUGUUCCUUUUACUGCCACUUCUUGCAGCUGGGUAUCUCAAGUAAAAACCUCACGGCCAAGGCGACUGAGCAGCCUCAGUGGAACUGUCUUACCCUCAGUGGAACGUUACCCUGGGGAAACGUGAUAGAUGUGUGUACGUGGGACUUGUAGUCCACACUUCAAGCUAGUUUCAAACUUGUAAAUCUGUUAUGCUGAAUUUUAAUCUUAUUUAUUUUGCCUGAAAGGAUUUUUUUUUUAUAAUGGACUUAUCUGAAAGUCAUGAUCAGUGGUGCACAAUAUUCUAAUGCCCUUUUCAUGCUUGAUAAACUGUCCGAUCUCUGUGGUGAGAAUGUAUUUGGGCUCCGUUGUGCUAUACAGGGUUCCAGAAUUAUGUUCCCAGAGGAGGCUGUGUAGUUUAGCAUAGAAACCAUCAAAUUAGAAGCUAAGAUGUAGGAUUUUCUCCUGGCUGAACCUGGGCAAAUCAGUUCUUUUUGUCUUUGUGUCCAUUUACCUGUAAAGUAGAGGCUAAAAUUUGAAAUUCAGAUAUUGCUAAGUAAUGGGUAACAGUAACGUGCAGACCUGUUAGGAAAGACACUUCGUGAGUCCAGGGAGCCUCGUACAAUGUUAUAACUGCGACAAGCUGGGGAAUGAAAUCUGACUUUUGGAAAAUCAAAGCAUAUGGCGAAAGAGUGUUAUCAAAACACCCGCCGUUGCCCAGAACUGAAUUAUCACCACAGAGUUUGUGAGCGGUUGUCCCAGGCCAUCUGGACGCUGAGAGCAGUGUGUGUCCUGAGAGGGCGUGGGGGGGGGGGGUGGGCGGAGGGGGUGCUGCGCACACAGACUGAAUGGCGUGUCCCGUUUAAGAGCAGGUAGUGUGGAAGGGGUGGGGAGCUUCGAGGAAUUACCCAGACUUACUGCGGCACCCCCUCCUCAGACUCCCCCCACCGACCCCACAGAAAACAAGCCCGGUGCUGCCGGCCAGCUGUGGUUUAGCCUCUGACGGUCUCCAUCAGGGCCCUGCACCCAGUGAGCUGCGGGUGGACCGGGGGAAAGACAGGGUCUCCGCCCUCCGUUUUGUGGCUCUGUGACCUGCUCUUUCUAAACCCAGGUUAUGAAUGUAGAAUCACAUGGCUCUCACAGGCACAUGGAGUUUUUGCUUCAGAUCACAUCUUAGUAGUGGUUUCAAGGUUAUGACCAAAGCUGUUCCUUGAAUGGCAUCUUACAGAAUAUUAAUGAAAACAAGUGCUUGACUGACAUGCCUCAUUCUUCCUGUUCAUUGUUGAUACUCUCUCCAGCCUGUAUAAUGCACUCAUGUCGCUACCCAAAAAGUACUCUGAAUCAAAAUGAAAUAUGUAUAUAUUGAAAAUAAGUGAUUUUUCCAGAUAUUUUUAAUAAAAUAAGUAAACUGCUUUGAUUUUUGCU